ACAAGAAUGAGCUAAUAGCUGCUGUUGGAAUACAUUAACAGGAGAGCCCGAGCCUUGGACAAAGGUUAGCGAAGUCUGUCACCCCAAGGGUACUUCUUGGCGAAGGGAAGCGGCAACAACGACGCGAUUCCGGGCGACGCAAUUCGGGCCCAAGUGAGGGAAGAGGCGGGAUAUGGCGGAAACGGAGAACAGAGGCGGCAGCUCGGUUCAUGAGACACGGUUUGAGGCAGCUGUCAAGGUGAUUCAGAGUCUGCCCAAAAAUGGUUCUUUCCAGCCAACAAAUGAAAUGAUGCUCAAGUUCUAUAGCUUUUAUAAACAAGCAACUCAAGGACCUUGCAAUAGUCCAAGACCUGGAUUCUGGGAUCCUAUUGGUAGAUACAAAUGGGAUGCAUGGAGCGCAUUAGGGAAUAUGCCCAAAGAAGAUGCUAUGAUUGCCUAUGUUGAAGAAAUGAAAAAGAUUCUUGAGACAAUGCCAAUGACAGACAAGGUUGAAGAACUACUACAUGUAUUAGGCCCAUUCUAUGAAAUCGUAGAGGAUAAAAAGAACAGAGGAUCUGGCAUAAUAGCAGUGUUCUGUGUUGUGAAAAUUAUCCAGCUGAGUGACAGUUCCUGGAACAAAGAACCUGGAUAUGCCAUAAUGUCUGUGCCAGCUGUGAAUGGCAAAUCUGAAAGCAGUGACAGUGGAGCAGAGUCAGAGGAAGAACCACAUCAGGAAGAAAUAACAGAAUUAAAGGAAUCUGAAAAAGAUGGUGGGAGUGUGGAACAAGAUUCAACCAUUGCGAAAGAGUUGGACAGUGUUGAUGCCAAUGGCUGCUGUGAUGAUGUCCCUAAUUUGGAAAUCCAGAGUAGCAUACAGACUAAGUCUGCUCUGAAUGGCAUAAAUAUGAAUGAAGAAAUAAAGAAGAGAGACAAAUGCCUUGAGCUACCUCUCAUUUCUAAUUUUGGGUCUUCUCACCAAGAUACCACCGAAGAGGUCUCUGGCAUUCAGCACUUGACAAGCGAUUCAGAUAGUGAAAUAUACUGUGAUUCUAUGGAGCAGUUUGGACAAGAAGAGAUCUUGGAAUCAACCAAAGAAUUUUCAAAACAUCCAUUUCAUUUCUCAGAAGUAGACCAUAGUCAUCUUCUUGGUGCUUCUGGUUUUCUUGAAAUUGGAAACUACAAGACUGAAGGUAUAAAGGAGGCUGCAACUGAAGGAAAAGGUGAAGUCAAGUGUGGUGGUGAGGAUGGAAAGACAAGUGAUGGAGGACCUCACAAAGAGAAGAAAGGUGGUGAAAAAGUUGAUUUCUACGGAAUCAGGAGAGGGAGAGGACAUAGAAUAAACCCUUUGGGUGAUGGUACCCAAGGUGGACAAAUGGGCAGUGGAGGAGAUGGAGAACGAUGGGGUUCAGACAGAGGACCAAGGAGCAGCCUCAGUGAACAAAUUGCAAUAGUGCUCAUACGGUUACAGGAAGAUAUGCAAAAUGUUCUUCAGAGAUUACAUGCACUGGAAACACUAACAGCGUCACAGGCAAGAACUGCAACUGUACAUUCAAAUAAUCAGCCUCCCUCACAUACUAAGAGACCAACAUGGUGGCCCUUUGAGGUUUCUCCUGGUACUUUACUCUUUGCUGUUUUAUGGCCCUUUGUUGCCCAGUGGAUGGUACAUGUGUAUCUUCAAAGGAGGAGAAGAAAACAGAACUGAAGAGUCAAUUUCUGAUUUUACUUAAGGACUACUAAUAUGGAGAGACUCUGGAAGGUAAAAUAAUUCAAAAGACCCACAAGAACUGCAGAUGCUGGGAUGGCUACAUCGUUCUAUUUUUUUCCUUUUGCACUACAUGGCGUACCAUACUUGAAUGAUCCAUUUUUCUUAGCUUUCAAAUAGAAUAAACACAACUUAUCCCAUCCAGCAGUCACAUGAACCUUAAAUUGUUUUGGAUUGUACUUUCUGGAUAAGCUGUCUGUAGAGUUUGAAAGAUGAUAUUACAUCUCCUACUAAGAGUGUUUCUUUUUUCCAAAGCUGGAAUGAAGACAUUCCUUCAACUAAUACAAAUCCCCCAGUAAAAUUGUUGCUUUUAACAUGGUUUGUUUUAUAAUGUCAUGCAAGACUUUCCACAUGGCAUAGAAAACAUGCAAUAAGCAAAGGAAACUGUAAACUCUAGAGUAGUCAAAGUAAUUGGAUUGUAUGAUUGCACUUAACAUCAUAGCUUUGAGAUAUUUAAGACAGAAAUUGCUGCUAUAUAGAUGAGGUAACUUUUUGGUAAACAAAUCAAAUGUUUGAGGCUACACUUCCACAGCAAACAUCACCUUUAUUUUUAAAAGCUCUUGCUAGCCAGGCAUCUUAACAUGUUAAAACAGCAGACAGAGUUUGAAUAUGGCGUGAUAGAUUCAAAACAACUUAAUAAAGAGAAUACAGUACAUAGAAUGACCCUGGCACCCCUAAGCCAUAUUGAAAUCAGCAGGAUGUGAAUGUACAGUGGCUUAUUGAAAUCAAUGGAAUAAAAAUUUAAGUACAUCUAGAUUGCAUCAAAAGGCAGCAAUGUGCUUAACAGUUUAGUGAAAAUAGCUUACAUAUUCACUUAAAAGGUGCUGAAUUUUAGCUGAGUUACAUAUGCACUUAGAAGGUGCUCAAAAACUAGCUCAACAUUUCUGUCCCAGUAGAAAUAGGCUUUUGUGCAUGGAUUGGCUUGAGUGCCAAUGCCAGUGACUGCUGCUGCAGGGGAACUCUUCAUCCAGUAACUAAAGGUGGAUAACUUGUGCUACCUUUGCAGCCUAGGCCCAAAUUCUAUAGGAUGUUCUCACUAAGGUUAUAAACCUGUAGCUGGGCUCUAUUACUAAAUACAACAAAACAAGGAAUCGGGAACCAAUAAAUCUGACUCAAACUGCCUAUGAUAUGGGUGUGGAUGCUUUAUAGAAAAUUAAAAACGUGGAUAACUUGUACACAUCUAUCAUAGCUGAGUAAGCAAAAAUCAAUAUAGCCAGUUUAUACAAAAACAACCCCUGAAGUGCAGUAUCAAAACAUAUGACCAAACACAUUUUGACAAAGUCUUCUUCAGUGGUCAAUCAAUGUUGUUAUUGUUAGGUGCCUUCAAGUUGAUUUUGGCUUAUGGCGACCCUAUGAAUCAGCGACCUCCAUUAUAAAUCAUCCUGUUCAGAUCUUGUAAGUUCAGGACGUGGGAUUCCUUUGUGGAAUCAAUCCAUCUCUUCUUUGGCCUUCCUCUUUUUCUACUCCCUUAUGGUUUUCCCAGCAUUAUUGUCUUUUCUAGUGAAUCAUGUCUUCUCAUGAUGUGUCCAAAGCAGGAUAAACUCAGUUUCAUCAUUUUAGCUUCUAAUGAUAGUUCUGGUUUAAUUUGUUCUAAUACCCAAUUAUUGGCCUUUUCGCAGUCCAUGGUAUGCACAAAGCUCUCCUCCAACACAUUUCAAAUGAGUUGAUUUUUCUCUUACCCACUUUUUUCACUGUCCAACUUUCAAAUCCAUACAUAGAGAUCAGGUAUACCAUGGUCUGAAUGAUCCUGACUUUAGUGUUCAGUGAUAUAUCUUUGCAUUUGAGGACCUUUUCUAGUUCUCUCACAGGUGCCCUCUCCAGUCCUAGCCUUCUUCUAAUUUUUUGACUAUUGUCACCAUUUUGGGUAAUGACUGUGCCAAGGUAUUGAUAAUCCUUGACAAGUUCAACGUCCUCAUUGUCAACUUUAAAGUUACAUAAAUCUGUUGUCAUUACUUUUAAUCUUCUUGACAUUCAGCUGUAGUCCUGCUUUUGUGCUUUCCUCUUUAACUUUCAUCAGCGUUCAUUUGAAAUCAUUUCUGGUUUCUGCUAAGAGUAUGGUAUUGUUUGCAUAUCUUAAAUUAUUGAUAUUUCUCCCUCCAAUUUUCACACCUCCUUCAUCUUGGUCCAUUCCCGCUUUCUAUAUAUGUUCUGUGUAUAGAUUAAACAAAUAGGGUGGUAAAAUACACCCAGUCUCACAUCCUUUCCGAUGGGGAACCAGUCGGUUUCUCCAUAUUCUGUCCUUACAAUAUCCUCUUGUCCAGAGUAUAGGUUGCGCAUCAGGACAAUCGGAUGCUGUGGCACCCCUAUUUCCUUUAGAGCAUUCCAUAGUUUUUCAUGAUCUACACAAUCAAAGGCUUUGCUGUAAUCUAUAAAGCACAGGGUGAUUUUCUUCUGAAAUUCCUUGGUCUGUUCCGUUAUCCAACGUAUGUUUGCAAUAUGAUCUCUGGUACCUCUUCCCUUUCUAAAUCCAGCUUGGACGUCUGGAAUUUCUCACUCCAUAUUGUAUACCUUCAGGGUUGUUUUGGAUUACCAGAGAUGAAAUGCAGACAAGAGGUUUGCUUACAAAGAGUUAAAAUUUAUUGAGUAACUUACAGCAUUCAGCCAAGUAUUCCCAAUAAAAGUGGAUCAGUCCCACCGCUCUGCAGUAGCGGACGUCAGAGACUGAACACCCAUACCGGGCACAGAUCAGGUUUAUAUAGCAUAAAUCUUGGCAUAUCUCAUUGGCAUACACAUGCAGUUACAUAUAUGAUUGAUGAGAGUAUACACUUUGAAGUAACAUAUAAUGACAUCUGUUGCAUAUAAUUGGCUGUUCUGACCUUUUCACAGAACACCUUCAAAGCAGACUAAUUGCUAGAAAACUAUAGUAUCUUCCCAGGUGCGCCUUGGUAUCCUCCCUUGGCAAACAUAGCUAUCAUCUUUAUCUUCAUCUCUACUAACAAGCAUAGUUUAUCAUUGACCUUUACUUGACUUGUAUACUAGCUGCACUAGCUGCUCAUUGACCGUCCUUUCGACCCAUCCACCUGUCUAUGCUAAACAACAUGCUUACUCUUGAAUCUAUGCCUAAUUGAGCUCCUUUGAUAUUCCUUUAACUAACAAGGUACAUUCCCAGCAUCAUACUGGGCAAGCCUUAAUAUUCUCAUUAAAACACCUAGAUUAGACUGCAGGUGGCUAUGAGGUGAUCUGACAUACCCAAAGAUGCUGGGGCCUGAAAGGGGAAUACAAGCCUCCAGGCUUUGCUAACAAAUACAUAUUGAAUAUAUAUUGAUUAACUUAAGGCUAUAACAGCUUGCUUUAGGCCUCUACUUGCUGGCUGGAAAUACCAAAUUGGUACAGGGUAUACACAUAUAUGGUAAGAGCCUUUGUUGUAGAAUCUUGAGCAUUACUUUACUUGCAUGGGAUAUUAAGGCAAUAGUUCCAUAAUUACUGCAUUCCCUAGGAUCCCCUUUCUUUGGAAUUGGGAUGUAUAUUGAACUCUGAGUUAACAGCAUUUUAAAAUACUUGUGUAAACUUUAGAACUAAAUAAUUUUAUUAAAUUGGUUUAAAUUAGGAAGACAGCCUUACAGUGCUCACAUAAUUGGAUAGUAUCAUCUAUAUAUAUAUUUUGGUGUUGUAUUUAAGAAAUCUACAGAUCUUAUUUCUACAUUUUUUAAUGGAGUUGUGCUGUGAAUUGUUACAUAGAUUUAUGCUGAAUUGCAUAUUUGUUGUUUGUACAUUGAUUGACCACUGAAGAAGACUGUCAAAAUGUGGUUGAUCAUGUUUUGAUAUUGUACUUCAGGGGUUGUUUUUGUAUAUACUGGCUAUAUUGACUUUUGCUUACUCAGCUAUGAGAUGUGUACAAGUUAUCCACGUGUUUUUAAUUUUCUAUAAAGCAUUCACAUCCAUAUCAUAAGUAGUUUGAGUCAGAUUUUUUGGUUCCCAAUUCCUUGUUUUAUAUUUCAGUUUGUUGGGACAUACUUUUUGGGUUGUUUUACUAAAUACAACAGGCAGGGCUUAUAUGAUUGACUUAAUGUUCCUCCAUAUCAGGAAUUCCAUAUAUGUAAUAAAAGUCUGGAAGGUUAUAUUAGAGAGCUUCUCAUAUACUUCUUUAUGGAGGAUUUAAAAAAACAUGGACAGGCAUUAGCUCCUGUCUGCUGUUGUAACAGUCCUGGCACAGGUUUAGCACACAUCAGUGCAAUUUGGACCCUUAUCUCAGUCCAGCUAGCCCCUUCCUGCUUAAAAAACAACUGAUCACCACUGUCAGCUUAGACUACGCCAUCUGUGUGUGUGUUCACAUAUAAGUACUCUGAGGCAGCAAUUGGCAAUUUGCUGUCUUUGGAGUUUGCUGUGCCCAGUCUAUUCCUUUUAAAAACUUAAGUGCAAUAAUUAAAUAUUUUUACCAUUUAUGGCCUUUUCCCAUGCCAUUACCCUUUAUAACCUUUACUUUCCUGUAAACACUUUCAAAACAAUUUUAGCAUUGUCAGUUUAUUAAAUUUUUACUUCAUAUUUUUAUUAAACAGAUACCUAUUUGAGUAACAGGCUGAUGAUGUUUGGGAUAGCAUCUCUAAAAAUAUAAUUGGAAUUAACUUUUUUAAUGGAAAAUGAGAGUUAAUUAACAUCACAUUUCUUUGUAUGUUAUUAAAAAUCAACCUAAAGUGAUUGUUUCUCAGAUGCUAUGGUGAAAAUAAAAUGUAUUAUGCCAGAUCAUGAAAACAGAGCAGCAACUCUGAAGAUGCUUACUCCUACAUGAGCAUACUGCAGUCAAUUACCUACUUUAGAGUAAGUAAUUUCUGGAUUGUGACAUGUUUUACACUGUGUAACUCUUCAGAAUGGGAAAUGUUUUCUGCUCUGAUGGCCUUGAAAGAUGGAAAAGCACCUUCAUAUCUGUUAUAUGCUAUAAAAAAUGUAAUUACAGUUAUUAAAAUUUCUGCCCUGUUUAAUAGAA